UUUUAUUUCUAAACGCAGUGUAGUGUGGUGUGCGGCGAAGCAAGAGUGUGAGAAUGGCGGAAGAAGCAGUUCUGGGCUAUCUAGAGAAGAACGAGGAAAUUACAGACUCGGGUGAGUUCGCAGCUGAACGCGGCAUUGACCAUAACGAGAUCGUGAACGUGAUUAAGAGCCUGCACGGUUUCAGAUACGUGGAUGCGCAAGACAUUAAGAGAGAGGCAUGGGUGCUAACUGACGAGGGUAAAACCUAUGCCACUGUGGGAUCACCGGAAGUUCAACUCUUUCUGGCCAUUCCCCCGGAGGGUAUCUCUAAAGAAGACCUUCAGAAAAAGUUGGAUCCUUCGCUCUUCAAGAUAGGUUGUGCCCAGGCUGCAAAGAACAAAUGGGUGGAUAUGGGAAAACAAUUGAUUUCUAGAAAGGUUCAACAUGUGGAUGACAAGGUCAAAGAUCUUCUUAUUCAAAUACAACAAGGGCGGAACAUUGGUUCAGAUGAGAUCAAAGCACUCAAAGCAAGAAAGCUCAUUGUCCCACAAACGUGGAAGGGUUACUCCUUGAAAAAAGGUCCAAAUUAUGCGCCCAAAAGAAAGAAGGUCGUCACUGAUCUGACUCGUGAUAAUUUUCAGAGUGGUGAGUGGAAGGAACUAGAGUUCAAGGAGUACAAUUAUAGUGCUAAAGGUCAGCCUCUUGAGGGUGGCAAUCUUCAUCCAUUGCUGAAGGUACGAUCUCAGUUGAAACAGAUUUUCCUCUGCAUGGGGUUUGAGGAGAUGCCAACAAAUAAUUUUGUUGAGAGCAGCUUCUGGAACUUUGAUGCCCUGUUCCAGCCCCAACAACACCCAGCUCGUGAUUCACAUGAUACGUUCUUUUUGGAAACUCCUUCAACAACAAAGGAAUUGCCAGAAGAUUAUGUUCUGAGAGUGAAGCAAGUUCAUGAAUCUGGUGGUUAUGGGUCUAGAGGAUAUACAUAUGACUGGAAGAGAGAAGAAGCAAAUAAAAACCUCCUGCGAACCCAUACAACUGCUGUUUCCUCCAGGAUGCUUUACCAACUAGCACAGAAACCAUUUGCCCCCAAAAAAUAUUUCUCUAUCGAUCGUGUAUUCAGAAAUGAAGCAGUUGAUCGGACACAUCUUGCGGAAUUCCACCAAAUAGAAGGUCUUGUAUGUGAUCGGGGACUCACUCUGUCCGACUUAAUAGGAGUCCUGCAUGAUUUUUUCUCACGCUUAGGCAUGACCAAACUGAAGUUCAAACCAGCUUACAAUCCAUACACUGAACCUAGCAUGGAGAUCUUUAGUUAUCAUGAAGGUUUUAAAAAAUGGGUAGAGGUGGGAAACUCCGGCAUGUUCAGACCUGAAAUGUUGCAGCCGAUGGGACUUCCUGAAGAUGUCCAAGUUAUUGCGUGGGGGCUUUCCCUUGAAAGGCCAACGAUGAUACUAUACGGGAUCGAUAACAUUAGAGAUCUCUUCGGACACAAGGUGGAUCUUGGGCUCAUAAAGAAAAAUCCUAUAUGUCGUCUUGGAAUUGAUUAAAGUGAUUCAUGUGUAUCUCUUGUAUUUCUUAUGAGUUAUAGAUUGCAAUUUAUUUUGCCCCUUAGAUGAAACACUACCUGUAGAUUAUUAGUUCGAUUUUGUAUGAAGAAUUUUGAUACGGGAGAAAGUUAGGCCUUUUUGUGUUAA